UGGUUUUUUCAGUCUGUUGUCCCCUUCCUUCUUCAUAAUCCCCAGAGCCCCCAGCCCCCCAGUUCCAUAGUCAAAAGAGAAAAACACAAAAAUUCGAUCUUUCACCCAUCAACAAUCAUUUAAUCUCUCUUUUAGACGAACCCGAAAGCGAAGAAGAGAAUGGGAAUGUUCGAUUUGGAGAAGCAUUUUGCUUUCUAUGGAUCAUACCACAACAACCCAGUGAAUAUCUUCAUUCACAUGCUGUUUGUUUGGCCGAUUUUCUUCACUGCUCUGGUUCUCUUCUACUUCACGCCCCCAAUUUUCAGCGAUUCCAAAGUUCAUCUCUGUUGCCACACUGUCCUUGUGUUCAAUUUUGGGUUCUUGUUGGCUGUGGUUUAUGGCAUCUACUAUAUUGGUAUGGACAGGAAAGCUGGGUGUUUGGGAGCCUUGCUUUGCUUCCUCUGUUGGGUCUCUAGCAGCCACCUUGCUCAUCGCCUUGGUUUCUCCUGUGCUUGGAAGCUCGUUCUUGCAGCUCAGGUGAUAUGCUGGGCAGGACAGUUUAUAGGUCAUGGUGUGUUUGAGAAACGAGCUCCUGCUUUGCUGGACAAUCUCGCACAGGCGUUCCUUAUGGCUCCUUUCUUCGUCCUGUUGGAGGCUCUUCAAUCUUUCUUUGGGUAUGAACCCUACCCGGGCUUCCAUGACAGUGUCCAAGCUAAGAUAGAUGCUGAAAUUAAAGAAUGGAAAGAAAAGCAAAAGAAGAAGAACUCUUAAAUCAGAGAAUGCUUUUUUCUUUCUGGAAUUGACUUGUAUGCAAUAGUUUCUGUAACUCCAUUGUUCAUCUCCAAUAAAAUGAACCAGUUUCUGAAAUUUCAGACA